AUGUCAAAAUUAAAAUUACAAAUUUUUUUAUAUUUUAUUUUUUUAUAUGGAAUGAAAUUUAUAAAACCAAGAAAGGUGUGUAAUGUUCUCCAAUUUGGAUCAUAUAUAUUAUCAUCAAACAAAGAAAACAAAAAAUAUUUUAAAUAUGAAAUUGUAGGAAUAAUUGAUCCAUUUGAUAAAAAUAAGACAUUAUGGUGUAGAAAAAGAAGAAAAAAAUUCAACAUACAUUUGUUUAAAAAUUUAUAUAGUAGCUUAUUUUGCAAUAUUAAUGAUUACGUUCACUUAAAUAAUAGUGAUCAAUUCAUAUUUCGUAUUUUUCAGAUCAAUUUAAAAAAAACUAUACAAUAUAUGUUAAAAUAUAAAGUUGUAAGUGGAAAAACCAAAAAAGAUAUUGAAGAUAAAGAAAUUUUAUCAUUAAAAGAAAACAGCUUUUUGUUUAGGUUUUUGAAUAAUAUAAAUAUAUAA